AUGACCAUGAACCUGGGCGUCCCUGUCGCCAUCCUUCUCCAGCUCUGCAUGAACAUCAUCCACCCAGUACAAACUGCAUAUUGCGGGAGCACACAUCAUCUGACCGGAAAACGUGGCCAUAUAUGGAGCGUAACGGAUGUGACGUCAGACCAAUGCGAGUGGGACAUCAGAGCUGAUCCUGACAGGAUUAUACUGAUCAACUUCGACACCUCCGGAUUCCGGCGAGGCUCAGACAACUGCACUUCUGACGUUCUCACGUUUCAUGACGGAGACUCUUCAGCCUUCAGAAUCACCGAUGAGUUCUGCGGAGACCAGACAACUGACGCAGGCCGUCUGCACCUGUCCACCGCCAGUACGGGGAGUCAGAUGCACGUUGUGUACAGCCGCGGGGCAAUGGCUCUGCAGAGAACUGACUUCAACAUUACCUUUACUACAAGAGGCAACAAUACUCUCGAAUUGUACGUCAUCCCAGACUGGGUCUUCCCGAUCCCUGGCUUUCAGCCACCCUUACCCAGGUGUUACUACACCUCCGACACGUCUGCCGUGCUUAACGGUACAGUGCAGUUCAUCGUGCCGGGACAAAGAGACAAUAAUAUCCUCCCACCUUUCCUUAACAUCUUUACAGACGCUAAAGCGGCGUGA